UGUGUGUGUGUGUGUGUGUGUGGGUGGGAGUGGGGGCUGUGAGUUAGGCUAGUAGGCUGGCGGUGACUGCGCCUUGGUGAGGAGUGGAGCGCUCACCUGCACAUCACAGAGUCGCGUAAACUUAGGAGCAGCUGAGCGCCAAAGACGGAAGAGUCUGACCCAGCAGAGGAAAGGAGAAGAUUUCACAUCUCUUUUUUUUUUUUUUUUAAGCGGGAAAAAGAUUUUCGAGCUCUCUUCUUUUGUCUUUGCGGUCUCUCGCCCAGGCUGCUGUGGCUGUCUCUCCUAUAAGCCCGCCGCCGCGAUGAGGACCGACCUGGCUCUGGUCCUGACAGCAGCCCUUCUUCUUGACACGCUGCGGGGGAAUAAUGGUGAGCGUCUUUCCAAAGGUCCCUGUCGACCUGGCUUCUCCCAAAGCUUCUACUCUGUCUUCAUUCCGAGGAAUGUACUGCAAGGCCAAGAUGUGCUUAAAGGUGCAAGUGUGUCAUCGCAGAAAGUAAAGUUUGAUGACUGCAUGGGGAACAAAGCAGUGGUUUUCGAGAGCAGCGAUCCCAACUUCAGUGUGCGGACAGAUGGUUCCAUAUUUGCCCAAGGAACAGCAGCCUCCUUGAAUGAGCCGGUCCAGUUUAAACUAACAGCAAGUGGUCCUUACUCUCAAGUCUGGAAGACUGUGAUCCAGCUGGCACUGAUAGACCCCCCUUCACACCAACAAAAUGAGAAUGAGGUCACAACCGAAGAGGGGAAGGUUGCUGGGAGGACAGAGAAGAAGGAAACAUACCAAGCUCCGCCUCCUAUCAUCAUGUUUUCAGGGGGCAACCGGAAUAGCUCCAAGGGUCUACGAAGGCAAAAGAGGGACUGGGUGAUACCACCGAUCAAUGUUGCUGAAAAUUCUCGAGGACCGUUCCCUCAGAUGCUUGUCAGCAUUCGUUCAGACCAAGAUCAGGACAUCUCCAUCCGAUACAGCAUCACUGGGGUGGGAGCAGAUCAACCACCGAAUGAGGUCUUCAACAUCGACCCUGUGCUUGGAAAGAUGUUCGUUACCAAACCUCUGGACCGAGAACAUCGGUCAUCUUAUCAUCUCCGAGCACAUGCUGUGGACAUGAACGGGAAUAAAGUGGAGAACCCCAUUGAUCUGUAUAUUUUUGUUAUCGACAUGAACGACAACAGGCCAGAGUUCAAGAACCAGGUGUACAACGGAUCGGUGGAUGAAGGCUCCAAACCAGGAACCUACGUAAUGCAUCUUUCUGCCUUCGACGCUGAUGACAACACUACGGCAAACGGAAUGGUGCGCUAUCGAAUCCUGUCCCAGAUGCCACACAGCCCCAUCCCUAACAUGUUCACUAUCAAUAGUGAGACUGGGGAUAUUGUGACAGUUGCGCCUGGUCUCGAUCGAGAGAAAGUGUCCCAGUAUACUAUAAUUGUUCAAGCCACAGACAUGGAGGGCAACCUGAAUUUUGGCCUGUCCAACACGGCGACUGCCAUCAUCACCAUCACGGACAUCAACGACAACCCCCCCAUGCUGACCUCCAGAACGUUUUCCGGUGAGGUUCCUGAGAAUCGUGUGGAUGUUGUGGUGGCUAAUCUGACGGUGAUAGAUGCCGACCAACCGCAUUCUUCGAACUGGAACGCCAUUUACAGGAUCAUCAGUGGCGAUCCGUCUGGCCUCUUCAACAUUAGCACUGAUCCCGUUACCAAUGACGGCAUGGUGACUGUGGUAAAGCCGGUCGAUUUUGAGAUGAACCGAGCCUUCAUGCUUACAGUGGUGGUGUCUAACCAGGCCCAUCUGGCUAGUGGAAUUCAGUCCUCCCUCCAAUCUACGGCAGGGGUAACCAUAUCUGUUCAGGACGUCAAUGAACCCCCCUAUUUCCCCACAAACCCAAAACACAUCCGAUUUGAGGAGGGUGUCCCUGCCGGCACGAGUCUGGCGACCUUCUCAGCCUCAGAUCCCGACCGACUACAAAUGCAGCAGACAAUCAGGUACUCCAAGCUGAAUGACCCCGCGGACUGGUUAUCCAUCAACAGAACUAACGGUCAGAUAAUUACCACAGCUACUCUGGACAGAGAGUCUGUCUAUGUCAAAAACAACAUAUAUGAAGCCACAUUCCUGGCGACAGAUAAUGGCUCUCCUGCAGCCAGCGGCACCGGCACGCUGCAGAUCUACCUGAUAGAUAUUAACGACAACCCCCCAGCACUUAUACCCAGGGAGUCUCGGAUCUGUGAGCAGAUGAACAAGAAUGCCAACGGUGUCAAUAUCACUGCUGCUGACGCCGACACGGACUCUAACGCUGGGCCUUUUGUCUUCGAGCUGCCCUCGUAUCCUUCCAGCAUCAGACGCAACUGGACAAUUACGCGAAUAAGUGGCAACUACGCCCGCCUGAGUCUGAGAUACCAAGUCUAUUUGGAGCCGGGCAUGUACGAGGUCCCAAUAACUGUGUCUGACUCGGGAAACCCACCCUUGUCCAACAGGUCGGUCAUCAAAGUGAAAGUGUGUCCAUGUGAUCAAAACGGAGAUUGCACUACAGCGGGUGCUGUGGCAGUCGCCGGCUUGGGAAGCGGAGCCAUCAUCUCUAUUCUGAUCUGCAUCGUCAUUCUGCUCAGCAUGGUGCUGCUGUUUGUUGUGUGGAUCAAGCGCAGGGAGAAGGAGAGACACAUUAAACAGCUGCUCAUUGACCCGGAGGAUGAUGUCAGAGACAACAUCCUGAAAUACGAUGAAGAGGGAGGGGGAGAAGAGGACCAGGACUACGACCUGAGUCAGCUGCAGCAGCCUGACUCGUUGGAGCACAUCAUCAACAAGCCUCCUGGUGUCCGCAGGGUGGAUGAACGGCCCAUCAUCCCAGAAUCCCAGUACCCAAUCAGACCAGUCGUGCCCCACCCCGGAGACAUCGGGGACUUUAUCCAUGAGGGUCUCCGAGCAGCUGACAAUGACCCCACAGCACCACCUUAUGACUCGCUGCUGGUGUUUGACUAUGAGGGCGGCGGCUCCACUUCUGGUUCUGUCAGUUCUCUCAACUCUUCUAGCACCGGAGAGCAGGACUAUGACUACCUCAACGACUGGGGACCCCGCUUCAAGAAGCUGGCCGAGAUGUACGGCGGGGGGGAGGAGGAUUAAAUCACACACACUCACGCACUCGUCUUAUCAGCUGGCUUGCUAUGUCCCGCCAACACCAGGGGUUGCAACAAGUUCACACCGACUGACCAACAUUCGGACUACCUGCUUCAGAGGUCGGGCACCGUCUGACUGACACAGAAGCUCUGAGUUAUCACAAUUUGUAUUUUCAAACUUUCAUGUGAAGUUUUAAGCCAGGCUUUAGUCGCUUCUGUCUGAUUUUAUUUUUCUUGUGACUUAUUUUUUUGUUCUCUUCACUCCACAACAAGAGUCGUUCCUUACUCCUCAAGGUGUUCACUUCCCUCUAGCUGUCAGCCCCUGUCUGCCUCUCUGCAGAAGCUUUUUGGUUUCAGCCUCUUUGUCUAGGGGGUAGCAAAAAGGAACAAGAACCCAGAUAUGACAGUCCCUCCUGUGUGAGGCCUCUGGUUUAUUCUCUCUUGAACUUGAAUUUACUUAGAAUAGAAGCACUGUUGUUUAAAAAAAAAAAAAGAAAAGAAAAAAAAGUGCCUUCAGUGGUGCAUAUUUUAACCGACUCCCUCUAACUCAGGAUAAGUUGCCAUUUUCUGGGCGUCUGCGCCUUCAUUUACCCCUGACCCUUUAACUCAGACCUUUCCAUCGUGCUGCAGGGCUGUGCUUUACCUGCGGAGGUGCCAGUUCCAGCUAUGACCAGCCAAGGCGGUUGUUAUGUAGACAAAUCAGUACAUGUUGAUGGCAGCCAAGAUGAAUAUGAUUGCAUAAAUCACACAAAUACGAGAUGGGACUGUUGUGGAGAAGUGUCUUUGUUUCUUCUGGCUUCAUUAGCAGCUGUGUUUGUUUUGAACUCAGUAAUCACACCUAACACACGACAGUCAUGUGUCCAAUCCUUUGAAGGUCACGUGACGGAGGGUCUUUGCCUUCAUUUAAGGUUUACAUGUUUAUCCGCACACCCAAAGGGACGUAUACCUGUUACAAGUUUUCUACAAAAGGGAGGGGAUUCAAAUGGACCCCAUUCCUGGGUGGAUCUCGCGUAAGAGGGAGAGGGGUAGUUAAUAAUUUUGCAAUGCAGUUUGCUGAAAAUGAUGGAAAGUGCCGCCCUACAUAGCAACUGAUGCUGUGGUCAAAGUUCAAAUUGCCACAGAACACAUUUCAAGACACUUAACACGGCAGCUGAAGUGGAUAGUGCACCCCCCUCCCCAAUUCGUCACGUUUCAUGUGUCAGGUAAACCGAGACGAUUGGGGUUGUAUGAAUUCCCUUCUUACUGUCGGACAAAACAAUACAACAUUGCAAAUACAAAGUAAAGAUGAAGUCAGCUUGAAUGAUCCCUUGCUCUUUAUCUCACUAUAUUGUUUUUAUUUAUGUUAGAUUCAGUAACACUUCACAACAAUGUUUAAAUGUAAAAAUGUUGGUGCUCACAACGAUUGAGGGAUUUGAGCCUCAGCCAGGGAUUUCUCGGCUCCUCAAUCUGUCUCUCUUCAGGCUGCACUUAACUAUUUAUCUGAAAUGUUCCCCUGAAAAUUAUGCCUGCAAGUUCAAGAGUUUCCAUGAAGAAGUUAGAGCAAACAAAAGUUUGUCAUGGAGUUGUGAACACUAUAUCAAAGUCCACUGGUCAAAAAUGAAGCCUUAACAGAUUUUAAAAGAAUACAUUUUUCAAGACUGAAUGAAACAGCAAAUCUGCUUAUGGGCUCGUGUACCGUAUAUUUUGGACCAUAAGGUACACCGGAUUAUAAGGCGCACUGCUGAGGAGCGGAUCUAUUCAAGUCUAUUUUCAUACAAACGGCGCACAGGAUUCUAAGGCGCAUUAAAGGGGUCAUAUUAUGAUUUUUUUCUACAUUUAAAACACUUCCUUGUGGUAUAGAUAACAUGUAAUAAUGGUUCUUUGGUCAAACUGUUCCAUAGAUUAUGUUUUACAGACCAUUUUUAAGUCGCUUGCUGACCUUCGCUUCAGCAUGCGCCGUUUUGUGGGCGGUCUCAUUUUCGUUUCUCACCUUCGACAGUGUCUUCUCCCCGUCAUCUUUGUUGUAGCGGUGUAGCGUGCAAGGACGGGAGUUGAAGAAGUGUCAAAAGAUGGAGCUAACUGUUUUAAUGACAUUCAGACUUUACUCAAAUCAAUAAUGGAGCAGCAUCUCCUCAUCCGUGGCUCACUAGUGCAACAACGCCGGAUGUGUCCCGUGAAAAAACGUCCGACAGGAACGCUCUAAUAACGAAAGUUCCGCGGGUGAAUUAUGUAAACUCACUACACCGGUAGUUUUUAGCGCUUCCAUAGCGAGAUAUAAGUUUGAAUUUGAUGCUACUUUAUAUUAGAAAUGGCAACAGCGUAGGGUGAAUGUCCCAUAACAAGAAGAUAGUGAAAAAGAAGAAGCUUAUCGACUACGGUGUCAGCACGGACUACAGUGGUGGACUUAAGCAGAUCCCAAAUACACAUCAGCAGAUACCAGAAGGAAAGAAAAAUUGGUUUUGAAUAAUAUUGUGAAACAAAACGCCAGAUAAUGUCUGCUACAGGUGCCAUUUUGCGGUCCUUAUACACAUACCAUAAUAAUACUGUAUGUUGAACCAGAGUACGUCUGACGACGGUAGCCGUAAUACUGCAACAAUCCAUCAAGUGGUGCGGCUUCAUAGCUUACCAAAGUCGUACUCCAACAUUUUGACAGAUUUUUGAGCGUCGUGUGUAAUGUUCUCUAUUCUCAACUUAAAGUUUUAGUGUUGUUUACUGGCGUCAUCUUGCUGUCUACACUUAUCUCUUAUGUGUGACUGCUAUCUACUGGUCACACUAAUCAUUACACCACAUACCAAAUAAAGUAGCUUUGAGGUUGGUAAGCACAACCAAAAUUAUUCCGUACAUUGGGCGCACCGGGUUAUAAAGGCGCACUGUCGAUUUGAGAAAAUGAAAGGAUUUUAAGUGCGCCCUAUAUUCCGAAAAAUACGGUAAUCGUUUUUCAAAACACACCCAUCUUGGAAGGAAAUUAGGACUUAUAAAUGUUAAUGUUAAUUAUUCAAAUGUAGUCAGUGGGUGGAACAUGUUCCCCUGUGGUCGCCAGCUUGAUGCUGCAUGACCUAAUUCGCAAUGACUUUAAAAUACAACAAAUUAUAAGAGGAAAACUGUAAUAAUGCAUCUCCUUGAAAAAGGCUCAUCCAUUAGAAAAAUACAUGCUAUUUUCCUGCCAAUGCAAGUAUCCAAGGCCAUCAAAGAGAAACCUGGGUGUGAUUGGGUUCUUACAAAGGGAAGGAAUAUCAUGUUAUAAUCAAUGAGGUGAACAGGGUUAGAAUCUAACGGUUGAGAGGAAACAGAAGCAACGUGCCGUGCAGAAACUGAGAGCAGUGAUUUUCCCCAACCACUCUCAGCUUAAAGUGCAAUCAGAGUCAAGGCAAGGAGGGACGCUUGCUGCCGGAUUAGCUCUUAUCUAUCCGGUUGCUCCUCCACCUCCAGAAUAUCCUCACAAAAUAAACACAGCUGUUACUCUCGCUAUCUGUGAUUUGUGUCUGACACAUCAAUGUUGUAUAUACAGGACCUUUUUUUAUACAUUUGUCAACAUGAAUCACUGGUGAUUUUUCUCUCUCACUCUUUCAAGUGAGACCAACACGUUGGCGAGGAAGGUUUCACCGCUAAAAAGCCAUGGUGAAGAGAACUCCAUUGAUUUUGAGCGCGAUCUCACAGCCAUGCUUGUGUUGCCGUGUCACUCGAGCCUCUUCAGAGCAAAGAGUAAAGACCUUUCAAACUCACCUGUACAGUCCAGCAGAAACACACACACACACACACACUCCUCUUGGCCUUAUUGUACCCAAAUGCGGGUUCUAGUCCAGCGUUUCAAAUUGAUUGCAAAGCUCAGAGGGCCCUCCUACAGGUAGUGGGACUGCCGGAGGACAAAGGGACGUUCUUUGACACAUUUAGGGACAUCCGAACAAAAAAUUUGGGAUAACACUGCAGCAGGCCACGCACGUACACACAAUGACUUUUUUUUUUUAAAUGGCGCUGUUAUGGUGUUGCAUGAUGACAAAUUGCAACAACUGUUUUUGUGCCGUCUGAAGUUAUAGAAGAGAUAGCAAAUAUUGAAGAACGCUUUUUCUCCGACGUACUGUAGACAAUUUGUGACCAUGGACACGCCUGACCUGAUUGCAGGAUAUGGCCGCCACUACAAGAAAGACCAGUGGUUCUUUAGAGAUUUCCUUGCCCAAGUCCAAGUGUACAUACUGUAGUAUUUGCUCGCUAAACAGACCAAGUUUAAUGUACGACUUGAGCUUUUUGCAUGUCUUUUUUUACAAUGGCCAGAUGAGUUCUAUUACAGUAACUAUUCAACAUGUGACGUGUGGCAACCCGCAUGACCGAGGUUGCACUACAAAUACAAUUCUGGCAUACCAUAUCCACAUAGUUGAAAUGAAACAAUAUAACGUUAGUUAUGAUAUUAAUUGCACAGGUAUCUAAAGUCUAAGAGGAAAUAGUUUUUUUGUAAAUUGUCGACAGCACAAGCAUUUUGUAUUGGUGUUUGUACCCAUUUUGUAUUAAACAAAAAAAAAAUGAAAAAGAAAGGUUAUGUUGUUUCAAGCCUGUGUUUAUAAUGCCACUGCAACCUUGGUUUCCAAACAGUACCUGUGCAGCCCUGCAGAUCAACAUUGUAAAUGAGAUGCCAAGCUGGAGAAUCCUUUUCAGGACCGUGUGUUAUAAAUAAAGAA